AUGGAUCACUACGGCUACAGUAACAAACUGAGACUGUGUAGCUGGAUCUACAGUGCCUGUUCUCAGUGUUGUGAGUGUUUAAGAUGCUGUGGAAGGAGAGACCCAAGGCCUCGUACUGUUUGGCUUGGCCAUCCAGAGAAGAGAGACCAGAGAUACCCUCGCAAUGUGAUCAACAAUCAGAAAUACAACUUUUUUACAUUUCUCCCUGGGGUAUUGUUUAACCAGUUCAAAUACUUCUUCAACCUUUAUUUCUUGCUUUUGGCCUGCUCUCAGUUUGUUGUUGAAAUGAGGCUUGGCGCACUUUACACAUACUGGGUUCCCCUGGGAUUUGUGCUCGCUGUUACCGUCAUCCGAGAGGCCGCGGAGGAGAUCAGAUGUUACAUGCGCGACAAGGAAGUGAACUCGCAGAUCUACAGCAAGCUCACAGCCAGAGGGACUGUGAAGGUGAAGAGCUCUAAUAUACAAGUAGGCGACCUCAUCAUUGUUGAAAAGAACCAGAGGGUCCCUGCUGACAUGAUCUUCCUGAGGACGUCAGAGAAGAAUGGGUCUUGCUUCCUUCGCACUGACCAGCUGGAUGGUGAGACAGACUGGAAACUGCGGCUGCCUGUUACCUGUACUCAGAGGCUGCCAACUGCUUCUGACCUACUGCAAAUCCGCUCCUAUGUAUAUGCAGAAGAGCCGAAUAUUGAUAUACAUAACUUCGUGGGGACCUUCACAAGGGAGGACAGUGACCCUCCAGUGAAUGAAAGUUUAAGCAUAGAAAACACUCUGUGGGCCAGCACAGUGAUUGCAUCAGGUACUGUUGUGGGCGUUGUCCUCUACACUGGAAGGGAAUUACGCAGUGUGAUGAAUACUUCAAACCCAAGAAGUAAGAUUGGUCUCUUUGAUUUGGAAGUGAACUGUCUUACCAAGAUCCUGUUUGGGGCUCUUGUGGUGGUCUCGCUUGUUAUGGUGGCCCUUCAGCACUUCGCUGGCCGUUGGUAUCUUCAGAUCAUAAGAUUUCUCCUUCUGUUCUCAAACAUCAUUCCCAUUAGUUUACGUGUGAAUCUGGACAUGGGAAAAAUUGUCUACAGCUGGGUGAUCCGCAGAGAUUCCAAAAUUCCUGGGACUGUGGUUCGGUCUAGCACUAUUCCUGAGCAGCUGGGGAGGAUAUCCUAUUUGCUUACAGAUAAAACAGGAACUCUUACGCAGAACGAGAUGGUCUUCAAGCGACUUCACCUGGGAACGGUGGCUUACGGCCUGGACUCCAUGGAUGAAGUGCAGAGCCACAUAUUCAGUAUAUACACACAGCAAUCUCAGGACCCACCUGCUGUGAAGGGCCUUACAUUAGCCACCAAAGUGCGUAAAACCAUGAGCAGCCGAGUGCACGAGGCGGUGAAGGCCAUCGCGCUGUGCCACAAUGUGACGCCGGUGUACGAGUCCAACGGGGUGACAGACCAGGCUGAAGCCGAGAGACACUACGAGGAUUCCUGCAGGGUGUACCAGGCCUCCAGUCCAGAUGAGGUGGCCCUGGUGCAGUGGACCGAGAGCGUGGGUUUAACGCUGGUGGGCAGAGACCAGUCCUCCGUGCAGCUGAGGACACCGGGUGGCCACAUCCUGAACUUCACCAUCCUCCAGAUCUUCCCCUUCACUUACGAGAGCAAGCGCAUGGGGAUAAUUGUUCGGGAUGAAUCAACAGGAGAGAUCACCUUCUACAUGAAGGGGGCUGAUGUGGUGAUGGCUGGGAUUGUGCAGUACAACGACUGGCUGGAAGAGGAGUGUGGUAACAUGGCUCGGGAAGGCCUGAGGGUUCUUGUCGUAGCCAAGAAGUCUCUGACGGAAGAACAGUAUCAAGACUUUGAAGCACGCUAUGUCCAGGCAAAGCUGAGCGUGCACGACCGCUCCCUGAAGGUGGCCACAGUCAUCGAGAGCCUGGAAAUGGAGAUGGAGCUGCUGUGUCUCACUGGCGUGGAGGAUCAGCUACAGACGGACGUCAGGCCCACUCUGGAGACGCUGAGAAAUGCUGGCAUUAAGGUGUGGAUGCUGACAGGGGAUAAGCUAGAGACAGCCACUUGUACAGCCAAGAACGCGCAUUUGGUGACACGGACACAGGACAUCCAUAUAUUCAGACUAGUGACUAACCGUGGAGAAGCCCAUCUAGAGCUGAACGCCUUCCGCCGGAAACACGACUGCGCUCUUGUUAUCUCUGGUGACUCGUUGGAGGUGUGCCUGAAAUAUUACGAGUAUGAGUUCAUGGAGCUGGCUUGCCAGUGCCCUGCCGUCGUGUGCUGCAGAUGUGCUCCAACACAGAAGGCCCAGAUCGUGCGAUUGCUCCAGGAGAGGACUGGCAAACUCACCUGUGCAGUAGGUGAUGGAGGGAAUGAUGUUAGCAUGAUUCAGGAGGCUGACUGUGGUGUUGGAGUUGAAGGAAAGGAAGGAAAACAGGCAUCACUUGCAGCCGAUUUCUCUAUCACUCAGUUUAAACAUCUGGGUCGUUUGCUCAUGGUGCAUGGAAGGAACAGUUACAAGCGGUCUGCAGCUCUCAGUCAGUUUGUGAUCCACAGGAGCCUGUGCAUCAGCACAAUGCAGGCUGUUUUCUCAUCAGUAUUUUACUUUGCUUCAGUUCCUCUCUACCAAGGCUUUCUCAUCAUCGGGUACUCCACAAUUUACACCAUGUUUCCAGUGUUUUCUCUAGUCCUGGACAAGGAUGUUAAAUCUGAAGUUGCAAUGUUGUACCCAGAGCUCUACAAAGAUCUUCUUAAGGGACGACCAUUAUCAUACAAAACAUUUUUAAUAUGGGUCUUAAUAAGCAUCUAUCAAGGUAGCAUCAUCAUGUACGGAGCGCUCCUCCUCUUUGAAUCUGAAUUUGUCCACAUUGUUGCCAUUUCCUUCACAUCCUUGAUUCUCACUGAGUUACUGAUGGUGGCAUUGACGAUCCAGACGUGGCACUGGCUCAUGAUAGUGGCUGAGCUGCUUAGUCUCUCCUGCUACAUAGCUUCUCUGGUCUUCUUACAUGAGUUUAUUGAUGUUUACUUCAUUGCAACUUUGUCGUUCUUGUGGAAAGUCACCGUCAUCACUCUGGUGAGCUGCCUCCCCCUCUACGUCCUGAAGUACCUGAGACGAAGGUUUUCUCCGCCAAGCUAUUCGAAGCUCACGUCCUAGGGCUGCUCUCCUUGCUCACCAGAGACAAAUAUUGCACAUGGCUGAGAGACAAAAUCAUGUAGUUGUUACUAUAAUGAAUACGUCCGAUAUUUGCAUAAGGAUCAUGUGGUAAUCUCUAUUACAUGCUGCUUUAUUGAAAAAAGACUUCACAACUGCCGUGAACGGGAACCUAACAAUAAAAGGGAGUUUUCUUGA